AUGACCGAAAUUUCGGCGCUUUUGUAUGAAUGGAAAGACCGAAUCGACGACUACGAGUCGAAACGGGGUGGCGAGGAACGCAUCGCACCUGUGGACAUGGAAAUGUUCGAUCUGCACCGUGUCAUUCUCCGCCGCCACGACCUGGCACUAGAGAUCCAAGGACUGCAGAGGAUGCUCUAUAAAGUGCACUACGCCGCUAACCAGCCAAACGAUAGAAGAGUCGAUAUCGCUGGGGUUGCCACUUCAGCACCCUUAAUGAUCAAAUUCCUCCGGCCGGAACAGGACACAACACUUGAGCCGGCCGAUCGUAUGGAUGUUUUGGAGACGAUUAUGGCCAGGGCUCGGCUGCGGGUCCUCCGCUUCUACGAGCCUCACCUCCUACCCUCCCACCAAAACCCGGCCGCUGGCCUGUUCCGAGUUGGCCAGCGACGCUAUGUACUGUACACGGCUGAUCUGACGUGCUCUGAUGAUGCCAUUACCAAAAUAGACUUCGAAGAGCACCGUGAAUGGUACGGUGCCUGCCCAAAGUUGAGCCAGAAGCCGGCGGUGAUUGCGGGCAAUGGCCAGCUCUUCGUGGACCCGGGCGUCGGUCGUGGCAGCUACACCCUGACCCCGAAAGUCCCGUACAAAGCC